AUGGUAACAAACAAUCUUGCAGUUCAAAAUAACUACUAUGUACUCAGAAUUUGAUAAAUACGUAUCACAAAAUCAGAACAUGUAGUACCUCAUAUGUUUGUAAGAUAUAUCGUUUAUAUUGUUAAACACAAACUGUCAGUCGUCUAUCCCCAGCCAUGGAGAAAGUUUGCAAGCCUACAUUCCUUUCAUGGCUACGACAAAAAUGCCCGGCCCCUGUCCUUGUCUGGCCAUGUUGGCUUUGACAGCCUACCUCACCAGCUGGUCAACAAAUCAACAUGUCAAGGUUUCUGCUUCAAUAUCCUCUGUAUUGGCGAAACUGGUAUUGGCAAAUCCACCCUAAUGGACACACUGUUCAACACUAACUUUGAGAACUUUGAGUCGUCUCACUUCGAGCCCAAGGUGAAGCUGCGAGCGCAGACCUAUGACCUGCAGGAGAGCAAUGUGCGACUUAAGCUGACCAUCGUCAACACAGUGGGCUUUGGGGACCAGAUGAACAAGCAGGAGAGCUACCAGCAUGUUGUGGACUACAUUGACACCCAGUUCGAGUCGUAUCUACAGGAGGAGUUGAAGAUCAAGCGGUCCCUUCACAACUACCACGACUCCCGUAUCCAUGCCUGUCUCUACUUCAUCGCCCCUUCGGGACACUCUCUCAAGUCCCUAGACCUGGUCACCAUGAAGAAACUGGACAGCAAGGUCAACAUCAUUCCUGUCAUCGCCAAAGCAGACACCAUCUCCAAGAGCGAGCUCCACAAGUUUAAGAUCAAGAUCAUGAGUGAGUUGGUCAGUAACGGUGUCCAGAUCUACCAGUUCCCUACCGACGACGAGACAGUCUCCAAGAUCAACACUGCCAUGAAUGGUAUCCUGCCUUUUGCUGUUGUGGGGAGCUCAGAGGAGGUGAAGAUUGGAAAUAAAAUGGUCAAAGCACGGCAGUAUCCCUGGGGUGUGGUGCAAGUGGAGAACGAGAACCACUGUGACUUUGUGAAGCUGAGGGAGAUGCUGAUCUGUGUGAACAUGGAGGACCUGAGGGAGCAGACCCACACACGCCACUACGAGCUCUACCGCCGCUGCAAACUGGAAGAGAUGGGAUUCACAGACACAAACCCAGAGAGCAAGCCAGUCAGCCUGCAGGAGACCUAUGAAGCCAAGCGUCACGAGUUCCUGGGAGACUUGCAGCGGAGAGAGGAGGAGAUGAGGCAGAUGUUUGUCCAGAGAGUCAAGGAAAAGGAGACUGAGCUGAAGGAAGCCGAGCGAGAGUUGCAAGGUAAGUUUGAGCAGCUGAAGAGACUGCACUCGGAGGAGAAGAGCAAGCUGGAUGAGAAGAGAAGGUCUCUGGAGGACGAGAUCAACACCUUCAGCAAGAAGAAAGCAGCUGCCGAGCUGCUCCAAGGCCAGUCCUUCAACACUAACGCCAACCUCAAGAAGGACAAAGACCGUAAAAACUCUGGGUUCAUGUGAAGAAAUAAAUGGACAAAGACCCCCUCACAUCAGUCAGAAGACAAAUAAAUACAAAAUGGAAUACAUUCACCGAUAGUCAUCGUUGUUUGCCUUAUUAGUCAAAUCACAAAAUGUUAGUUAAAUUCCAGCCAGAGUAUUUGAUAAGGCUCUUUAAGACUGGUAACCCUUUUGUAUUACUUUACUUUUCACUUCUACAGCUAGAGGGCGCCAAAUGAUCAAGGUCAUCCUUUGAAAAUACUGUACUUUACACCAAACAGAAAUACAAUUUGUUUGACAUUCAAGAUGUAUUUAAUUGUCCAAUCUCGGAAUUUGUUUUCUUACCGGGUUGUCUUGAGUAUUCACUUUAAAUGUGAUAUCAGAUAAUGUUUUGUAAACCUUCACUUAAUUCUGCAGAUAGCAGAAUAUAUAUUUGCAUGUCUUUUAAAUAUGCUAUUCACCAGUAGUGUGUGUUUUUAUAUAGCUUGAUAUUUAUUCGAUGCAUUAUUAUUGUAGACUCGUGGGUUUCUGGAUGGAUUCCAUGUUUAGAAAUACCUAGCUCUGAUCCAGGACAUUAGUACACGUUCCUCACCUCAUGUUACAUUAGUGGAGGAACGCGCACCAACGACCUGGACCAGAGCUAAGUUAUACCCACCGCACGUGUUACAUUAGUGGAGGAACGCGCACCAACGACCUGGACCAGAGCUAAGUUAUACCCACCGCACGUGUUACAUUCCAAUUACUGAGGUAUUAUUGAUAUGACUUUUUAUAAACACUUAUUUUAUGCCUUUAUGUGCCUUACUAGUAUUUUAUUCAAAUGCUAAAGAAUGAAGCAGCUGCUGACAUGGGAAUUCAUUUUUGAAGAGUGAAACCAUGUUUUUUUUGUUGCUCAAUGAUCUAAAUGGAACACUAGGUCAAGUGGUUUUGACUUUGUAAAGAACUGUCGUGCGUGUGGAAUGAUAAUUACCAAACUUUCUCCCCCCCCCUCUCAGAAUGGAUAGCUUUGAAAAUAACUUUUUACCUGCAAUAUUUUUGUCCACAGCUUUUUUCUUAACUCAUAUGAACUGAGGUUUGUUCUUAGGUGUGGAGAAAGAAGGGUUUAUAAUCACUAAAAAAUAAAACUUAUGUUUUUUCAUA